AUGGUCUCCCGUAACCCGACCAAGAUCGGCAACAAGAUCAAGCGCAAAGAACAACACGUAAAGACAAAACGCGCCAAGGAAAACACAAAGCGUGACGACAGACUCCGCCGCAGACGCACAGAGGACAAGAAUCCUGCACUCAGAGAAGCGCGCCGAGCAAAGAAUAUCCCGCAAACCAUCGACAGGAAGAGAACUUGGGAUACCGCAGGCGAUGGCGAAGAGAGCGACAAACUGGGAUUGAGUGUGGAUUUGAAUGCCAUCAAGAGAAGGAAAGUUGAAGAAGAUGAUGAAGAGGCAGAGCAAGACGACGAUGAAGAGGCGGAGGAGGAAAAAGACAGUGACGCAGACUCAAUGAUCGACUUUGACGAGGAAGAAGACGACGAAGACGACGAAGAUGCCAAAGCCGCAAAACAGCAAAAGAAAGACGACGCCGCAGCGGCAAAAAGGCCACUCGCGCACCCNUCACCAACACCCUCGACCGCAGCAACAAACCUCUCCCUCACCCCCGAAGGCCUCGCCUCUAAGUUCCCCAGCCUCUUCGAACACAACGACAAAGACCCCAAAGUCCUGGUCACCACAUCGAUAAACAGUUUCUUGCACGAAGAAGCCGUCCUCCUCACUUCACUGUUCCCAAACGCGGUCUACAUCAAACGCACAGCACACUUCCACGCCCACAAAUACUCCGUCUCGGAAAUUUCCUCGUUCGCCGCAAACAGAAACUACACUCACGUCGUUAUCCUAAACGAAGACCAGAAAAAGCCCGCAGGACUGGAUAUCGUGCAUCUUCCCCAUGGCCCCAUGUUCCACUUCAGCAUUUCAAACUGGGUUGAAGGCGCCAAACUUCCCGGUCACGGAAAUCCGACUUCGCACGAUCCAGAACUGAUCCUUAACAAUUUCCGCACGCCCUUGGGUCUGUUGACGGCGCAUCUGUUCCGCCAAAUCUUUCCUCCGCAGCCGCAGAUUCAGGGACGUCAAGUCGUGACUCUACACAACCAGCGCGAUUACAUCUUCGUGAGGAGACAUCGUUACGUCUUCCGUGACAAGCGCGCGACUGAGAAGAGCAUUGUGGGCCCAGAUGGAAAAUUGGUUGAGGGAGUCGAGGAUAUCAGGGCUGGAUUGCAAGAGCUGGGACCAAGGUUUACACUCAAGUUGAGAAGAAUCGACAAGGGCAUCCAGAGAAGAAGCGGACAGGAAUGGGAGUGGAAGGCUGGCGAUGAGAAGGUCAGGACGAGAUUCGCUUUGUAA